GGUGCAGUUGAUAUGAAUCUGGCUGGGAGUCCCAAAGACUCAGAACUGAACAUAGACGUUCAUAUCGACCUAACACAGUUUUAGUUUUUAUUUCAUUUUUGUCUCAUAUUUUUUUUUUUUACAUUAGCUGUACAUUUGUGUAUAUAGAUUUUAUUUUAUAUUUUUAUACAAGUCAACAAGAUGGAACUUAAUUCUCUUUUAAUUCUUCUGGAGGCUGCAGAAUACUUGGAAAGAAGAGACAGAGAAGCAGAACAUGGUUACGCGUCUGUUUUACCGUACAAUAGCGACUUUUCCCGAAAGAAAACGAAAGCUUCACCAAUUACAAGAAAAACUCAGAACAAUAGAUCGUCACACAACGAGCUGGAGAAACACAGACGUGCCAAACUACGGCUGUACCUUGAGCAGCUGAAGGAGCUGGUUCCUUUGGGUCCGGACAGCACUAGACACACCACACUGAGCCUGCUGAAAAGGGCCAAGAUGCACAUCAAGAAGCUGGAGGAGGCGGACAGAAAGGCUCUGAACACCAAAGAGCAGCUCCAGAGAGAGCACCGCUACCUCAAACGACGUCUGGAACAGCUGGUGAUGCCUGGAGGUGUGGAACGUACCCGAACCGACAGCCUAGGCUCCACCAUCUCCACCGACUCAGAGCAAGAGGUGGACAUUGAAGGCAUGGAGUCCCCCCUGGGCGAGGGUGAGCUUGGCGAGGGCGAGGGGGACAGCGUGGACGAGAGCAUCAGUGACGACGGCCUCCUGGACGGCGAGGAGGAGGAGGACUACAACCUGCAGAGCAGCUCCAGCGACGCCAGCUACACACAGCAUUCCUCCCACAGACUGCAGCCGCACCACUGCUAGGGGCCACCAGGGGGCCCCUGAGGGCCACACCUCCAAUCAGCCCUCUAUGACCCCAGCCCCGCGUACCCUCCUAUUCCCUUCCUACCCCCCCUAACAUUGCCCCAGCACGCACCUCCUCCAGCCCACGCUACGCGGUCAUCAGCCACCCCCCCAGCAAACAGCGGCUGUGGUCUCCCCCUCCCCAAUGUCCCCAUUGGAGCUUAUUCCUUGGAACCAGGAAGUAGACUGUAGACGUUCCUGUCGUGGCUGACUUCCUGACUUUUUCCUGUCCUAACCCCUACACCACACCCUACCUCACCCCUAUCCUAUCACCCCUUAUCCCGCUUAUCUUGCCUAACCUGACCCCCAGACCUCCCUCACCUCUACCUGUUGUUGUGGCUGCAGGCUCGGAUAUAGCAGAGCAGUUUGUGGUUUUGUUGGGGACCUCUGUGGUGUGGUGGCAGACAGCUUUGACUUGUCAAUGGGAACUCAGCGUGUGUGUUGAACUGUGUGUGUGUUUGUGUGUGUGUGGCAUGGUUGUGUGUGCGUGUGCGUGUGCGUGUGCGUGUGUGCGUGUGGUAUAGGAUAGAGCAUUAGCUGAGGACAAACUUCAACUCCGUCAUUUGAAUGAGGCACAAUUUCUGAUGGAGAAAAAAAAGAAUGUUCUAUUGGAAUGUUCCAUUGGAGUGUUCUAUUGGAGUGUUCUAUUGGAGUGUUCUAUUGGAGUGUUCUAUUGGAGUGUUCUAUUGGAAUGUUCUAUUGGAAUGUUCUAUUGGAAUGUUCCAUUGGAGUGUUCUAUUGGAGUGUUCUAUUGGAAUGUUCUAUUGGAGUGUUCUAUUGGAGUGUUCUAUUGGAAUGUUCUAUUGGAGUGUUCUAUUGGAGUGUUCUAUUGGAAUGUUCUAUUGGAACAUAUCUCUUGUUAAUCUGCAAACCCCAAUCAAUUUUACCAAUUGUACUGGACAUUAGGGUCAAUAUUUCUAAGGGCAGCACAUUGAUAUCUCUCCCUCUGGCUGAGUUCCUUAACCACUACUCCACACUACUGAACACGACACUAGAAGUGGGUCUGAAAUGGCACCCUAUUCCCUAAAUAUUCACACACGGUGCAUCCCCAGAAUCGAAAACCAUACUUUACUUUUCAGUAGCAUAUUGAUGUAGCAAUAAAACACGGGAAGAUACUGCUUUCUCAAGCAUUUAAGCGAUUCUGGUGGGUCAAUUUUGUCCCAAAAUGGCAGCAUGAUUGCCCUCUUUUACUAAGUUAUAGAGGACAACUGGGCAUUUUGGAGGGGAAGACAGUGGAUCAGCAGGAUCAGGCUAACCAUUCUUGUUAUUCACUAAUAGAUCCAUUUAUUACCCUGCUGUCAGUCUACUCCAAGCUCCAACAGUUCUAGAUGUGUGUAUGUGUGUGCGUGUGUGUGUGUAUGUAUGCAGGCGUGCAUGCGUAAGUGUGUGUGUGCACGGUCGGUACACAUUGACAAGUCAAAGCUGUAGAAGUGCAUAAGAAUAAAAAGCCAGCUCUAAUGAUCAGCUCUCUGUAGAGGAAUAGGUAUUGCAUCAAAACUAAUCAUAACAAUGCUUUCAUUUCUCUAACUCAAAGGUAGAUUUGUGUAUUUUCUCUGCUAUAUCUGUUAGCUAGAUACUACUUCUGAAGCUUUGGGGACAUUGUAAAAGACCAAUGUAAUGUAUUCUUAGAAAUGUACAGCACUGUCUCCAAAGCCAUGCACACUAGUAUAAAAUAUUGACGGAAGAGGCAUAUCUUUGUCCUUCGGAACAUGUAACCGUUUAGGCCUGAGUUUGUCUCGUAAUCCUUAGAGCUUGUCAUUCCAACACUUCAGACUUGGCAGGUCUGAGACCAAAAAAACAACAAACAAAAAAAAUCACAAAAGACUUCGAAAAACGUUGCAAUGAAAAAAAAAACAGCUAUCGGUCACUGAAAGUGAUACUGUAGUCUAUAUUUUCUAUUCUAUUUUCCUAAAUGUUCUCGUUUAACGAAAAGACAAAAAAGAAGAGUAUAUCUAUAUAAAUAUAUGACAGGCAGACAGACAGAAGGCCAGGCUAGUUGAAGGUAGAGAGAGUGUAGAACAGGGAAACUAGGAACCUGGUUGCCCCCUUCUCUAGAUCUCUCCCCAAUGUCAUUCUGUGCCUUGGUGACUGUUGUCGUGUGCCCCCCUCCCUCCUCCUCCCUCCAUCCCUACUCAGGUCUUGACCCUGCUACACACUCCCCCAGCUCCACCCCUUUGCCCCCCAGCUCCACCCCUUUUCGGAGUAGAUGAACACUUUGUUUUAACCCCUUCCACCCCAAACCAAAUGGUAAAUCUGUCUCCUCCCUGAGUGAAGAAGGGGCACGUGAAGAACUGAUUUGAGCCCCUUUUGCCUCCAUCGAGUACUCCUCAAGGUGUACCCCUGGUGCGGUUGCCAGGUACGCCCUACCCACUUGACGCCUGCCUGCCACGCCGCUUAAAGUCAACACUGACCAUACUGGUAACUCCCGAUGGCAGCUUCCAUUCACUCGCCCUGGCUGGUCAUUAUUGGGGUUCAAUCAGUCAACCUAAUUAGGGGUUUAAACUGCUUAUUUUGUUGUUGUGGCAGCCAUUUUGUUUUAGCUCUGCUUAUGAAAUGCACUUGUUUUUGAACAGGAAACCAUUGGGUGAGGAGAAGGGAGGAGAAAUCCAAUCAAUGAAGGCAGCUCGUGGUGUUCUCCUCCCUCCCUCCUCCCGGUGGCACCUUCCCUACUCUACUCUACUACCAUAGUUUUACCGUGACCCUGGUGGUCAUGGGGCGUCUCGAGACACAGCAAUAUGACCAUCUUGUGCUUUUUAAAGAGGAAGUGGGCGGUUGGUUGGUAGGCAGGCUUGGGUUUUAAAGAAGAAGAAAAAGACAGAUUUGUGCUUCGACUCUGUGGUUCAUUUUGUGACCAACAAUGUUAACAUUUCUGUUGAUGGAUUUUACCUCUGAACUCUCUCCAUACACUGAAGGAGGGCGAAAAGAAACUAACCGAGAAAGAUCAGUUCUUGAGUUUACAUUCAUGUCAAGGACCUAUGUACACGACUGUUAGGAACACAGAUGUACUACUCUUUCAGUUUGCUUUUGAAAUGAACAACUGAGUAAAACUUGUCAAAUGAAAACUAAAUAUUCUCUUGCACAGAACCUCCCAUCAGCUAAUGUGAGGCAAUGAGUAAACGGAAACACAUGUGGGCCAGGUAUGAGAUUUCUCAUGUUCAGCGACAUCAUUUUAUAAUGCACAUAGCGCACGUUCAGAAAGAGUGAGUGGUUGGAGGGCAGGUGUAUUAGCAGAGGAGGAUGCUGAUUCAGAUACUGAAUGUAGGAGCAAAAGAAGUUGAAAAGACGUUAAGCAGACGUCUUUUUGGUUGAAAAAUGUAUAUUUUGUGUUGAAAAUGACUUUUUUGGUUGAAGAGACGUGGCCUUUUCAAAGUCUUGCGCUCACUAGGUUUCAGGGAAUAAGACUGCUGGAUAGUGGUUAUGGAAUUUCUUUCAAUGAUGUGCCUUGAAAAUAACUUUGUUUUCUUUUAACCAGAGAGAUUGUACUUAAAGUGUGACAGAGAUUGUCGAGCAAAUCACUUGGCGAUAGGUAUUGAACACUAAAUGUGUUGAUUUAUGAAUGAGUUUGGAAACGCCUGGGGAAAGUAUCUGUUGAAAGAUGUGUGCUCGACUCUCAACCCUUUCACAAUGCAAAAACAUUAUUGUAAAAGUAAUCAAUGGUGCUGUCCAACAAACUUCCUUUAAACGUUGGGGGGGGUUGACACACUUAUCAAUCAAGAUGUGUUGACUUUUGUCGAGGCCGAGAGGUGGUUGAUCCCUGCUUUAAAAAUCAUCUAGUCUCUGAAAUUUAUCCAAGUGUGUUUGAUUUUUCUUUUCAAAGCACAAAAGCACAGCAAAAUGAUGAUUGAGUCUGUCUGCCAGGCUAUUGCUGCCAAGGGAGUCAGCAGGAGGGUGGGAGGGAGAGAUUGGGGUGAAAUAAGGUUGAGGCUCAGACCAAACAAGUGAAGCCUGUAUAGAGGCAAGGGGAAAGUCAACAGACGGACAUACACUCAAACCUGGGUUCACAUAGUAUUGUGAAAUCUCUGAAAACACUUUAGCUGUGUUUGAUUGUGGCUGUCUGCCUGUUUUUAAUGGAAUGGGCUCAAAAGAGCAAAUCCCACCCAUUUGGCUGGCAGGCAGACUUAACAAGCAAAGUUUUGAAAUGUUCCUAUUUGAGCUCAGGUCUGACAGUUACUUUCAGAGACAAAUAGAACCCAUUCCUGUCCUCUGUAAGUGCAGCGCUAUGAACAAACAAUCGAAUAAUGCCGCAACGAAAACCCGAUUCCUGCCAAAUAACUAGUCACUUUGAUUUUCUUUCCACCCCCGUGUGGACAGUCAUCAGACACCUAUGGAAACCCAUCUUAAAUUAGCUUUAAUAGCAACAUGAAAUGUAGAUUUUAGUCCCAAGUGUAUCAUUGUCUCUCUUCUUAAUCCCUCUAACCCGUUACUGUCCUUUCUGUUUCUUUCUGUGUGACAUUGCUAGAGCGCCGUCUGAAGAUAGGAUUGAUUUCUUUCCUCUUUUAUGUUAUGAGUUCUGCGAUCGUUCUCUUGUUGUCGUCUUGUUGUCGAGUUGGCAUGAGAGAACUCUUAGUCCCGAGGGUGUGUCUCGUUGACAGUUUAGGGGCCUCGGAACUUUGGCCAGAGGGGGGGGCUGGUUGAGAUUAGGUUCAGAGGGAGGGAGAGGAUGAAGGGGGCUGAGGGAGCUUGGCAUCGUAGUCAGGCAAAACACUGAGUAGGGAGAGUUCUGUGCCAGAGACCUGUGAAUAUGUUCCUUUAAUAGCAGAUGUUGUAAUAUGCUUUCAAAAGAUGUGCUAUAUUAUAUAAAUUCCUAUGUAUGGAUACAUGAGUUUACCUGGUGCUGGAUAACAUUUUGGCACACACUUGAAGGUAUUACGGUGUAUUCUUUAAUUGUAAUAUAAUUAAAAAAAUGUUUUUUACACAA